AUGGAAAUCGUAGCUUCCCCGAACUCAACGACUGUAGCUACUGGCCCUUCUGCAACUUCCCACACGUCACCACUACCUCUUCAUUCAUCUUUAAGUGGAACGUUGUCAGCGCCGUCGUCGUCAUCAUCAUCUUGUUCAGCAUCAUUAUCAUCAUCAACAUUAUUAUCUUCUACGAAAUCGGUAAACGAAUCUUCAUCAAAUAAUAACAAGUCAUCCCGUUUGACAAGCCCGUCUGUAAUUGAGGCUACAACAUCGGGUAUAGUGACACCUACUUCUCCAAUUGCCGGCAUCAAAGAUCAAUCAAGCGACAUCGAACUUGUGACCACUGCAAACAGGACAGCUAUUUCUGCUGGUAGUAGCAACAGUAGUAAUAGCAGCACCAGUGUUUAUAAUAAUAAAAACAAUAAGAAAAGUAGCCCUUCUUCUGCUAACGAAUCUCCCUGUAAUAAUAACAGUCUUAGUAGCAGUGAAAGUACGAGCAGUAGCGAGGGUCCAACCCCUCCACCCAGAUCAGCCUCACCGUCAGGGUUAUCAAUUUCUUCUCAACAUCCAAAUCAAAACUUUGUCGACGAUAUAAGCACAACGACAGGAAACAACAAAACAAUCUCAUCCUCUCCAUCACCUUCACCUCCAUUAGCACCUGGAGCACCAUUAUCUUCCACCUUAUCACCCACAUCAGUUCUUCUACAACCACCUCCUGCCCAUCUUUCUCCGUCGCAACGAAAUCAUAACACUUCUUGUCUAUCUUCAUCAUCUUCACCUCUUAUCGCCGCUUCUAGUACUGCCGCCGCCGCCGCCGCCGCUGCAGCUUCAACGGCUCUUCACAGCAGUCAUCACGGCCACCACCACCAUCACCACCACCACCACCAUCAACAGAUCCACCACCACCAACCACUCCACCUCCAUCCCAGCACCAUAAGCAGCAGUAGCAACAACAACACCCACAACAACACUUCUUCACCGACCGGAUCUCUGGUCGUCGUCUCUGGUUGUGGCCUAGGGACUGGUGUCAAUAUAAUAUCUUCUUCGGCCAAUUCUUCCUCUUCUUUGUCGUCGUCGUCGCCGCCUUCUUCGAGCUUGGCGACAUCGUCCUCACCUACAGUUUCGUCCCAACUAGCACAGCAACAUCGCCCAGCUCCAGUCCCACCUCCAGUCCCACCUUCAAAUAUGUUGGUCAACAGUGUGGUGACCGCCGUGUCCUCGGCGGCUGCAGCGGCCGCUGCCGGGGCCGCCGGGGUCUGCAAACUAAGCAAACCGUCAACCUACAGUUCCCCACCACCAAUUGCUAACAGCCCUGAAAAUAAUGUCUGUAAGUUGAUCGAGUAUCGUGGAGCCAAAGUGGCCGCUUUUAUGGUCAACGGUAUUGAACUGAUUUGUUUGCCACAAGCGUUUGAGCUUUUUCUCAAACACCUGGUCGGCGGCCUGCAUACAGUCUACACAAAACUGAAACGGCUUGAUAUAACACCUGUCGUAUGUAAUGUGGAACAAGUGAGAAUUCUUCGAGGACUUGGAGCCAUACAGCCCGGAGUUAACAGAUGCAAACUUUUAUCCUGCAAAGAAUUUGAUAUUCUCUAUGAGGACUGUACGAAUUCCAGGUGA